ACUCCGGAAUGACCUGCAAAGCCUCGAGGUGGACCUCGGGGUAGACACUCCGAUGCUUAAGUCAGCAAUAAUCGGGGUUACCUCUAGAGCGGAGAUAAAAGGAGCUUAGGAGUUUGAGAAAAUGUCAUCAGAAAGAACACAAAGUAUAGUAGGGAGUGAGGUGGAGCCCCUGGACUAUGGGGGCAUGGACAUUGAGAGUAGUCCAUCUCCGUCUAGUUCGGAGAAAGCGGUGGAGGGGGUGAGAGGAGAUGAGAUGGUGGAAGUUAGGGGAGGAGAGGUGGUAGAGGUGGGGAGGAAUGAGGGAGGAGGGGUUGAGGUAGAUAGCAUACCCUUCACCGUAGUAGAAGUAGAAGGUAAUGGGGAAAGAGGUUAUGAUAGGAAUGCAGAGAUAGUGGAGGAAGUGAAGCAGUACCGCUCUGAACUAAGGACCAGGGAUGACCUGUGUCACUUAGUAGAAACGUACGAGAUCUCUUCUCGGGUAUUAGUUAGGCCAGCUGGGGUAGAGGAGAGGGCGUGCUCUGCUCCUCAGGAUCACUGGAUGCCUAUGUAUUCCCACUAUUUGAUAGCGGGACUCAGGUUUCCACUUCCUGAGUUGCUAAUAGGGGAUGCCGAGGUGAGGGCAUUAGCCUCCUGGAAGGCCAAAAGGGCCAACCAGAAUAAGUUUAGCUUAAAUGAGGAUGAGGAGGAAGAACUGGGGAGGUUGGUGAGGAAGAGGGGGGAUGUGUUGGAUAUCAUGGAUCUCACCAGCGCAGCAUGCAUAGAGGCUGCUGAGCUCUAUGGGCCAAGCGCUCUGAGUGAAGCUGACAUGAAUCAAUUUUUGAAUACUGCUGGAGGGAAGGCCAUCCCCAAGAAGCCAAGGAAGAAGUCAAGGACUUUAACUAAGCAAGUGGAUGAGGGGAGAGUUGAGAGGGAGGUAAUGCCCUUGGCUUCAGUUGAGACGGAGGACGAUGUGCCACCGUUGAAGAGGAAGGGUUGGGAGGAGAGGAGGGCAGCGGAGAAGAAGCAGAGGGUGGUGGAGGAGGAGAGGGGGAAUGAAGUUCCUGAGUUCGUACCUCAGCCUCUUCCUGUUGAGCUGAACCCUGAGCUUAGACGGUUGGAGGAGGGGGCUGAGGUACGAGCUCCUGGCAAGGGAAAGGGCCCCAUUCCCCCGCUGGGGCCUCAGAGCAGCCUGUUCGAGGCGAAGAACAUAACGGGGGCGAGGUGGUUCAUCAACAACACCUUCCCCGAAGUGGAACGAAGCUACGCGCGGGAGGAAGCUCUGAGGCAUGGUGGAGCGUCUGUGGUGAGGCACGCUCUAGAGGAAUUCAGGGAGAGCCUGAAGGAGCGAGCACUCUUGCAGAGGCAGUAUGACCAGCUGCAGAAGGAGAAGGAGGAGCUGGAGAAAAAAAACAAAGAACUGCAAGAGUCUCUAGAUGAGGUGGUUCCAACUGUGAAGCAGUUGGAACAGGAGAGGUCGUCCCUGGGCACCAAGCUCGGCUUUGAAGAGACCAAGCGAAAGAUCUCUGAAAGCGAGCGUGAAGCUCUGGCACAAGAAUUAAAGCUAACGAAGGAGGCUUUCUUGGAGCUGAAGGGGAAUGUGCAGACCCUAGUGCACAAUGGGAUGAAGGAGCACAUCGGCAACUUCAUCAGCUCCAGCUCGUUUGACAACAUCGUCAACUUAUACCGGCUGCCUACUGCCAUCAUCGCAUUCACGGACUGCAGGAAGAAGGUGAAGGCUGAAUAUCCCGAAGUGGAUAUUACGAAGAUCACCUUCGGAGAGCAAGAAGAAGGAGUGGAGGAAGAUGGUGAAAGCAUGUCAGCAGAUUUCUGUCCUCAGAUCAAACUGAGGUGGGAGGAUGAUGUAAACAGACGUGCUGUUUUCCCUCCACAGCUCGACUUCGAGUUCGUGGCAGUGGAGGAUGAAGGGGCAGAGGUAGAGGGAGACGAGAUGGAGGCAAGAGUGGAGGAAGCUGAAGUGGGUGAGAGCCAACCCGCUCCAGAAGUGGAGAUUCAUCCAGUUCCCUCCGACGAUGAGCAGCCUCCUCUGCCAGACGAGCAGCAGCCAAGAUAGCCACCUCUUCCAACCGAAGAGGAGCCAGUGGAGCCACCUCCUCCAGCGGAGAACUAAUUUUGAUUUGUUGUUUUUUUAAUUUUUUGUAGAACAUUUAAACAGUUUGUAACACUUUUAUUAUGUUUAAUGAAAUUAUGUAUUUGUU